AUGCUUUUACCAUCCUCAGCAACAUAUGAAAGUGCUGAUGAACUUUUCAAGAAUGUUCAAUCAAUCGCCAAUUCUCAAGGUUAUGUAUUGAUUAAAAAAAGAACGCGUAGGGAUCGGUAUGGCAAUUUAAAAAACAUGACAUUGCGUUGUAACCGGGGUGGAGUUUACAACAGUUCAGGAAAACUUCAACGGCAAACAAGUACCCGGUUAAUUGAUUGCCCUUUUGAGUUAUAUGCUGCUCGGUAUGAGAAUUUAUGGCAUGCAGAGAUCCGUAAUAGUAAUCAUAGUCAUGAUCCCUCUGAAGACUUAUCAGGGCAUCCAAUGGUUCGUCGACUCACAAAGCAACAACUGGAUAAUGUUAAAGAGAUGACUGCAUCUGGCUCACGCACUAGGGAAAUAAUAUCAACUAUUCGCCAAAAUAAUCCAUCAGCAUCAGUAAUAAGUAAAGAUAUUUAUAAUGCAUGUGAACGACUUCGCCAACAGAAUUUAGCAGGUUGUUCUCCCGUUAAAGCAUUAAUAGAUGAGCUUAGAGAGGGUGAUUACAUGUAUGAAUAUAAAUGUGAUAACAUAGGUCAUAUUACUCAUCUUUUUUUUACACAUAACGAAUCCGUAAAGCUUACUCGUCGAUAUCCUUCUGUUCUUCUUAUGGAUUGUACUUAUAAAAUGAACAGAUUUAAAAUGCCUUUGUUAGAUGUCGUUGGUAUAACCAGCUUCAACACCACCUUUUUUUCGUGUUUCGUCUUUAUGAAAGAUGAAGAAGAAGAGGAUUACCUCUGGGCACUAACUUGCAUUACUAAAUUGUUUGACGGCAUAUCACAGCCCGGCAUCAUAGUAACGGAUAGAGAGCUAGCUCUUAUGAAUGCUCUCAGAACAACCUUUUCAAAUUCAACUCAUUUGUUGUGCUUGUGGCAUAUUAAUAAAAAUAUAAUGAAAAACUGUAAGCCACAAUUCGUGAAAGGAACUGGAAACAAAGAAAGUAAUGAAUGGCAAGCCUUUCUUUCGGAAUGGAAUAAGGUCGUUCAGUCGCUAACAAAUGAAGAAUUUAACACGAAAUGGAGUGAAUUUCAUAAUAAUUAUACAAAUAAGCCCAACGCAUGGACAAAUAAAUUUCUACAUUUGGGGACAACUGUUACUUCCCGGGUCGAAGGUGCACAUUCAACCAUUAAAACGUACCUUCGUACAUCAGCAGGAGAUCUUCGUGAUGUCCGUAUAAAAAUUUCUCUAGCAGUGGAAAACCAAAAAAAAGAAGUAGACACUAUGGCCGCAUCUGAAAAAAUCCGGUUUCCAAUAUUUGUACAAAGUAACUCCUUAUACGCAAAUAUCAAAGGCAGAGUUUCUACUUUUUCUCUUAAAAAAAUAGAGGAGCAAUAUCAAAAAAUAAAGAAUGCUACUACACAAGAACCCUUACCACCAUGUACCGGAUCCUUCUCAAGUACGAUGAGGCUACCUUGUGCUCAUAAAAUCCAACUACUAGAAAAUAAUCGAAGUCUAAUACUUGAGGAUAUCUAUGAGCAUUGGUGGAUCCAAGGUCGUGCACCAAUAUCAAUU